AUGAUCUCACCGUCUGCCGCUGUCACGUCCCCAGUGGCUGCCGAACCCAGUGUCAACAGGACCACAUCUGCAAGGCGCCGAGGUUUGAGUUACCUCCGUGCUCUAUCGCACAAUCGUUCAUCGGGUGGAACGAGCCCGAACGAACCCUCCCGUUCGCCUAGACACUAUUUCCAGAGAUCACUCAGUUACAACGAGAAUCGACCAGACCCGGUGACAAGUCGACGACGGAGCACGUCUCGUCCAAACGAACCUACAGCCUUCCUCUCCUCGGACCCGCGUCAAGUCGGGACGAGGACACCUUCACCCCGCGUCGAGCAGGAACCAACCGCAGAUCAAGUGGAAAACACGAGUGCAGAGGAUAUGGCGAGACAUCGGUCAUCCACAUUGAGAAGGACUGUAAGCAACAACAAUCCUCAGGCUAGUGCCUCAGUGGCAGCAGAAGCAUCAGAUUCUGCCCCGAGAUCGGCACAUGAAAUUAGGAAUGGAAGACCGUCUCUUAACUUCUCCCCGAUCACGCGAACCUUGCCCAGCGAGCAUUCUAUCAUAAGAGUCGGUCGGUAUUCUGAGCGUGAGGGUGUGCCAUCGGCUAAUCCCAUUGGUCCCUCUGAUGCUCCUGUCGGCUUCAAGUCCAAGGUCGUCAGUCGAAAACACUGCGAGUUCAGCUUUCUCGAUGGCCAAUGGCAGAUCAAAGAUGUCGCAUCCUCCUCUGGCACUUUCUUGAACCAUAUCAGAUUAAGUCAACCCAACACCGAGUCGAGACUAUUCCCAAUUAAAGAUGGUGAUAUCGUCCAACUGGGUAUUGACUUCCGCGGCGGAGAGGAAAUGAUCUUUCGUUGUGUCAAGAUCCGCAUUGAAUGCAACCGGGCCUGGCAAAAGAAACCAAACAAUUUCAACAAAAGCAGGCAUCAACAACUGCAGAGUCUUGCCAAGGACCAACCCUCUGCCGAUACUAACAGUGGUGAAUGUUCAAUUUGUCUCGGUUCUGUCUUGCCCUGUCAAGCGUUGUUUGUCGCCCCGUGCGCACAUGUCUGGCACUACAAAUGUAUUCGACCUCUACUCGAAGGCAAAAACAGUGUUUAUCCGCAGUUCCAAUGUCCAAAUUGCAGGGCUUAUUCAGAUCUAACUGCCGAUGUCGACCUCGCUCAGUCCGAUAUAGACGAAUGGCUGGAGAAUACUGAUGAUCCUGAGAACCAAACCGCCGAGGCCAGUGCCGAUGCUACUAUUGAAGGAAAUCAUGCUCCCGAUGCACACAUCAAUGGUCAAGUGACAGGCGGACCAGACCCCGGCAAUGCGGCCGUGCCAACUACGACCUUGAAUGGAGAUGACCCUCAAAUAAAUAUAAUCCCUGAAAAUCCUCCCGUCACUAUAUCUCAAUCCGAACCCACCAACGACAAUCCUUCUCCGGCAACUCCGAACACCUCAGGACUCCUGGCCCGGAGGCAAGCUACCAAUCCGCGUUCAUCCGAGCUUUCAAUGAGCGGUAAUAUCGACAUGCCUGAUCAACCGGUCGAGGACGAGAUGCAGGCUGAGCUCGAACAGCAACGUACCAGCACGCAAACCCCGGACCCCGACCAAGUGGUUGUCGUGGAGGGGCCGUUAACCCCCAGGAAUAAUGCCGGCCCCUUUGUCUUUGACGGUAGUGCUGGCAGGUCCGAUGCGAGACAGUUGAUGGUACCAGGGAUGGCGGAUGUUGCUGAUGGAAACCGAUCGUCAUGA